AUGGACAAGAACGGCACCAAGGACGUAAAGCCCGAGGCGGCGCAAGAUGACCACAAGGAGAAGCGCGAGAAGCCUGAGAACGGCGCUCACGCUCAGCCUUCCAAGAGCCCCAAGAAGCGCCGUAAAGUGAACCAUGCUUGCGUAUACUGCCGGCGAUCCGAACGGCCGUGUACGAGAUGCAUCAAGCGCAAUAUUGGCCACCUCUGCCACGACGAGCCUCGCGACCCCGACUCCAAGAAGGCCAAGAGCACCCACGGCACCUCCGUCGUCGACGAUUCCGAGACGACUCAAUCCGAGCUCGCCGCCCGGGGCUCCAUCGACCAAUCCGCUGCCGGGUCCAUGGGCCCUCCGCCUCCUUUCGACAGGAAGUCGUCCGGCUUUGGCCCUGCCGUCCUGGGCCAGGGAAACCCGCUGCACCUUGUGUCACCGGGCGCGGUGUCUGGCAUGCCGGGAAACGGCAGCAACAUGAAUCAAUUCGCUGGAUUCUCCGACGCUUGGUUGACGGCCCAGAACCACUACCACGACAUGCAAAACUACCCUCCCAACUACAUGAUCGCCCCUGAAGUCACCCACGAGUUCAACCUGCUCAACGAUUUCCUGCAAACGAGCCUGCUCGAUGACGGCGGAAUCCUCUCCGACGAGUCCCAGAACAGCCCUGCCUUCAGUAGGUCAGCGGGCGCGAACGACAUGCUGCCCACGUUCGGCAACAACGGCAACGGCGCCAAUAACAGGGCCACGGCCGCCAACGCCCUCCAGCAGAUGCUGCCCCCGCCGAACCUCGAGCAGGGCAAGUCAAUAUCUCGCCCCGGGAGCGUCGUCCAGGGCGACAAGGACAAGGCGCGCGAGUACUAUCUCCAGGCGGCGGAUCCCUCAGGCAACGACACCCCCGAAGAGCGCAUGGAUCGUGUGCUGAAGGCCAAGUACGAGGCUGGUCUGCUCAAGCCCUUCAACUACGUCAAGGGCUACGCGCGCCUGGGCACGUAUCUGGACGGCCACAUCGCGCCGUCGUCGAAGCAGAAGAUCUUGCGGACGAUCGACCGCUUCCGCCCCAAGUUCCGCGAGAAGGCGCAAGCCCUGACGGAUAUGGAGCUGCUGUACGUUGAGAUGUGGUUCGAGAAGCAGCUCAUGGAGUACGACCGCGUGUUCGCGAGUAUGGCGGUCCCCGCGUGCUGUUGGAGGAGAACCGGCGAGAUUUUCAGGGGCAACAACGAGAUGGCGGAGUUGCUGCAUGUCCCCGUCGAGAAACUGCGAGAUGGCAAGGUUUCUCUCCACGAGAUCCUCACAGAAGAGUCGCUCGUGCGAUAUUGGGAAGAGUUCGGAACGAUUGCGUUCGAUCCUUCUCACGAUACGUUGCUCACGGCGUGUACGCUGAAGAACCCCGACGACAAGGCGACAGAUCCGGUCGUCAACUGCUGCUUUUCAUUCAUGAUUCAACGAGAUAACCACAAGAUCCCUACACUCAUCAUCGGCAAUUUCUUGCCCAACGAUGUCCCAUCCCGUCCGUAA